AGCGUCGUCUCUUGAUGCUUAUAUUUAUUUUUCUUUUUCCUGUUUUUUGACCCAGGCAGUAUUUUGCUUAUUCAGGACGCCGUACACCGUGUUUUUUGACCGGUGCACUUAGAGUAAAUUGAUAUUGUAAGUCCAAGGGACUUAUAACCUUUACUAAUUAAGACUUUUAUUAUUUAUACACAUUAUUUACAUUCAACGCAGUAGACUGAGACAACCUUUUAGAAAUGUCUGCUACAGUCAGGACACCCGCCAAAAAGCCCGCAACAACCCCCCAAACCUCCACAAUGGACACAGAGAAGGCUGGACCUUCCACACAAAAACUGACACAAGCCUCCAACGUGAGGCGUAGUAUUGGAGAAUGGGAAGCGGUGACAGACACACACUCACAACAACUAUGUCCUUCACAAACACACCCUCAUUCACCGAAAGCGACAGACAAAUUGCUGGUACCGGUGUCGCCAAGAAAAACAAAACAGAAAAUUCCACCACCUUCUGUUAAAAGAGCUUCUGGUGAUGCUUCUGGUGACUUUUCCGGAACGUCACCGGUUUCAAGACAGGCACCUGCUAACAACACCAACCGAGUAUCUCAAGCACGAAGCUGGCUCCAGAAAGUCAAAUACUGCGUUGGCGAAUCUCGCAAUCUAAGGACAGACCUUAAGGCUGGGAUAAUUGCGGGAGUGGAUAACCUGUAUCAACUUGUUAAGGAUGCCACGGCUGAGGCAACGGCAGUAGCAAAGACAGGAACAGCAACAGCCAAACCGAAGGUACCUGAAACAAAAGAAAUGGGUGUUAAUACAAUAGAAGUAGAAAGGGAUAUAGAGUCAUGGACGGUGAAAGUAGACCAGAUGCAAGAAAAUAUUGUAGGCAAAGAAUUAAUAAAAUUGAUUAAAGAACAAAGUGAAAAAAUUGACAUUACAUUUAGGGAAAUGGAAAAGAUAAAAGACAAACUUUCAGACAUUCCUAAGGCCCUCCCCAGGACCACAACCAUCAGCGAAAAACUCCCACACACACGGAGCGCAUUGCACUCAAUUGUCGUGGCAUCGAAAGACGGAAAUGAAACCGGAGACGAAGUUCUGGACCGGGUGAGGAAAGCCGUCGAUGCAAAGGAAGGAUGGGUUAAGGUAGAGCGAGUGAGGAAGGCAAAAGAUAGGAAGAUCAUAAUGGGCUUCGAAACAACAGAAGAUAGAAGCAAAAUUAAGGAAAGACUAGAAAAAGAAGGAAUCAACCUUGCAGUCGAGGAAGUGAAGAAUAGGGACCCGUUAUUGAUUCUAAAAGACGUACUCCUGAUACACACUGACGAGGAAGUAUUAAAAGUGGUUAAAAAUCAAAAUCGGGAGAUUUUCCAUGACCUCGGUAGUGAGGAUCAGAGGAUGAAUAUUAGAUACCGAAGGAGGACGCGCAACCCACAUUUGACUCACAUUGUACUCAGUGUGUCCCCUACAAUUUGGAGGAGAGCCUUGGAUGCAGAGAAGAUCCGAAUAGACCUCCAGAGAGUGCGUGUGGAAGACCAGACGCCGUUGGUACAGUGUACCCGGUGUCUAGGAUAUGGCCACGGUAAACGCCUAUGUAAAGAGCCAGAAGACCUUUGUAGCCAUUGCGGUGGACCGCACUUGAGAGCAAAAUGUGCCGACUGGCUUGCAGCUGAGCAGCCUUCGUGUCGAAACUGCCAGAGAGCCAAGUUGGACGUGGUCAACCACAACGCAUUCAGUGUUGAGUGCCCUGUCCGUAAAAAAUGGGAUAACUUAGCGAGAUCCACUGUAGCGUACUGCUAAGG